AUGGCGCCCAAAACAUUGAAACGAAAGUCGGACGCGAUCGACGACACACCUGCUACACCGACUGGCAGCCCGUCACGCAAGAAGCUGAGGGUCACUGCUGAACAAAAGCAAGCCAUCAUCGAUAAUCUACAGCUUGAAAUCACCGAGAGAGCCAGGAAGCUACGAGCAGGCUAUGCUCUACAAUGCGAAGACCUUCGAGCUAGAGUCCAACGACGCGUCAAUCGCAUUCCGAUGGCCAUGAGAAAAAUGACCAUGGGCGAGCUCAUGGCACGACAUGCAGAGAGUGGCAAAUCUAGACCAGCAUCACCAGAGCUCGGCAAGCCGCCAUCUCCUCUCCGCACAUCGCCAGUCAAGGCCAGAAAGAGAAAGUCGUCCCACAUUCAGAUCGCCUUGGAUCACGACAACGACGUUUUCGCGCCAGAUACUCUGCCUGUCGCUAAGAAGACUCGCGCUAAGAACGCAACAGCAGCUCCUCGCGCCACCUCUCGUGCUGGCAAGCCAGUCAGCGUCCUUUCACCUCGAUCUCACAACUCCCGAACACUGCCACAAUCGCCGUUCAAUUCGAUAUCUCCCAUGAAAGCCGCCUUUUCACGCCCAGUCUCACCACUCAAACCGGCUUCACCAUUUAAGACCGCCGCGUCUGCUGCUACUAGCGCUAUCUCGGCCUCGAUGCAUGGCAUGAUUGAGUCCACUAAACGCGGCACCGCCGCAGCUGCUGGCAAGCUCAGCCGGACCGCGUCUCGUGAGAAAACAUCGCCUGCAAAGCCUGUCGUUGUUGGGGCGAACACACGGGGCAAGAUGCUCCCACCUGCUCGGCCGACGACUGCGGCAAGCUCUCCUCAGCGUACUGCUAGCCAGUCGUCCAAUCACACAAGCACUUCUGAGUCAUCAGCUGUAUCAAGUGGCACUACUGUCGUCAAGCCCAAACGUGGCACGCGAGCUGCUGCCGCAAAACCAACCACUGCUGCCACCGCCGCGACGCGCACUAAGAGAGCUGCUGCGACGACCACCGUUGCGGCGACUAAGUCCACAGCUGCCAGUGCUGCAAAGGAAAAGGUCACAGGUACAGGUCUGCGUGGAAAGACUGCUAGUAAGAAGGUAGCCAUUGCCGAGCCAGCAGGCGGCAGGCGCGUUCUGAGGAAGCGGGAAUGA